UCUAGUGAAGUGAGUCCAGCUGGCGCCAGGGCUGACAUAGGAUGCUGUUGGAUGUUUCAGUGGAGGCCAGAAACGUAGAGGCUGACAUCUGAGUAACAGCCUCUAAUCCCCUGCUCUCCCUCUUACUCCUCCAAGUCCCACUCAUUGGAUCCUGCAACACUUCUUGAUCUCGGGGGGUUUAUUUGGGAACACACUUCUGGAUCGCUCCUGUGUUGCUGCAUGACUCAGACUUUCUGGAUUUAAAGGGAAUUAACUUUCCAAAGCCUGAUCAAGAAGGCACUUUGUGAUAUUUUCGGAGAAUUGAAGGUCUCAUGAUGGAGGUGGCCACAGACCAGCCUCGCUGGAUGGCACAUCAUGCAGUCCUCAAUGGGCAGCACCCAGACUCCCACCACCCAGGACUGACACAUAACUACAUGGAGCCUACACAGCUCCUUCCUCCUGAUGAAGUGGAUGUAUUCUUCAAUCAUCUGGACUCACAGGGCAACCCUUACUACACCAAUUCUGCACAUGCCAGGGCCAGAGUAUCUUACAGCCAGGCUCAUGCUCGCCUGACCAGCAGCCAGAUGUGCCGGCCUCAUCUCCUCCACAGCCCCGGCUUGCCCUGGCUGGAGAGCGGAAAGUCUGCCCUGUCCGCCGCCCAUCACCAUAACCCCUGGACGGUGAGCCCCUUCGCAAAGACCCCGCUCCACCCAGCGGCCGGCGGCUCCCUGUACCCGGGCGGGGGCUCCUCGGGCGGCCCGACUUCGUCUCACUCCAGCCCGCACCUGUUCGGCUUCCCACCUACCCCUCCUAAGGACGUGUCCCCGGACCCCGGCAGCGCAGCCUCCCCACCUUCCUCCACCCGGGCGGAGGACAAGGACAGCAUCAAGUACCAGGUGUCCCUGUCCGAGAGCAUGAAGAUGGAGGGGGGCAGCCCCCUGAGGAGCAGCCUGGCACCCAUGGGUGCUCAGCCGUCCACUCACCACCCCAUCCCGACCUACCCCUCCUAUGUGCCCGCAGCACAUGACUACAGCAGUGGUCUCUUCCACCCUGGCAGCCUCCUGGGAGGCCCAGCCUCAAGCUUCACCCCCAAACAGAGGAGCAAGAGCAGAUCGUGCUCAGAAAGAAAUCCGGUUUCUUCGUAUUUCCAUUUAGAAGGGAGAGAAUGUGUGAACUGUGGUGCCACUGCCACACCACUUUGGAGGAGAGAUGGGACUGGACACUACCUGUGCAAUGCCUGUGGACUUUAUCACAAAAUGAAUGGUCAAAACCGACCACUCAUUAAACCCAAAAGGAGACUGUCUGCAGCUCGCAGAGCAGGAACCUGCUGUGCCAACUGUCAAACUACGACGACGACAUUAUGGAGGCGCAACGCAAAUGGGGACCCGGUGUGCAACGCAUGCGGGCUAUACUACAAGCUGCACAAUGUGAACAGGCCCCUGACCAUGAAAAAGGAAGGAAUUCAGACAAGAAAUCGGAAAAUGUCCAACAAAUCCAAAAAAAACAAAAAAGGCUCUGAGUGUUUUGAGGAACUUUCCAAGUGUAUGCAGGAGAAGUCUUCUCCCUUCAGCGCGGCUGCCCUAGCAAGUCACAUGGGCCCUAUGGGGCAUUUGGGUCACUUCAGCCAUUCGGGUCAUAUCUUGCAGACACCGACCCCGAUUCAUCCUUCCUCCAGUCUCUCUUUUGGGCAUCCGCAUCCAUCCAGCAUGGUGACAGCAAUGGGAUAAACAAACAAACAAACAAACAAACAAAAAAGA